UAAUCUCGGACCCUGGAUUGGAGUAUAAGCUCGAAUAAAAGUAUAUAAAAAUCCGCUUCUUCUUCUCUUUAAUUUAGUCCCACCUUUAAAGUUUGGCGGGAACAGCUAGUUCCAAACGGGGAUGGGCGGGAAUUACAGAUGUUAUGUUUGUAUUUCCCGCUCAAAGCAUCCUAUAUCAUCUUUAACCCAAAACCCUUUACCAUCUCCCACCAAUUAAAGCAACCAAAUCCUUUUCUCCUCACUCCACAUAGCGCUGCAUCAAACCCAAUUCACUCUUCAGAUCCUUAAAGAUGCCGAGUCUAAUUGAUAAUGGUUCAUCUACGCUGUUAAUGGAAAAUGAAAUUAAAGAUAAGAGAUCUAAUCCCAAGAAGAAAUCAAAAGAUGAAAUUACACCUAAUAAAAGGCAAUUGAGAUCUGAAACGGUGAAAACAGAUGUAAUAGCAAAUGAAAUGGAGCUAUCCUCACCUAAGAAAUGGAAAUCUCCUCGUAGAUGCAUCAAUGAUAGUCCAAAUACCAUUACAAAAGAAAUUUGCAAAACUUUUGAGUCUAAGACUGUGAUAUCAUCCAGAAAAAACCUAUGUGAAAAAUUUAUGGAGAAACCUAAAUGGGAUCUGAAUGAUCCCGAGCAGAUGAAUGCCGUGAAAGAAGUUUUGCAUUUAUCAACUGCACCAUCUGCUAUAGUGUGUCGAGAGGAGGAGCAGAUGCUUGUGUUGGAUUUUUGCAAGGCAUGUGUAGAGGAGGAGAAAGCAGGGAGUCUAUAUGUAUGUGGGUGCCCGGGUACAGGAAAGACCCUGUCCAUGGAGAAAGUGAAACAGCUCCUAGUUGGAUGGGUGGAAGAGGAUGGUUUUCAGUUACCGGAUGUACUAACGCUGAAUUGUACCACUCUUACGAAUACUCGCGAAAUUUUCAGCAAGAUACUUCAGAUAUACCAACCUCACAAGAAGACGGGUGGUGCUUUAUCACCACUUCAACAACUUCAGAAGUUAUUCUCCAUGAAGAAGCAAUCGUCUGAUAAAAGGAUGAUGCUGAUAAUUGCGGAUGAAUUGGACUAUUUGAUUACUAAAGACCGUGUCGUGCUUCAUGAUCUCUUCAUGCUCACAACUUUACCAUUCUCCAGAUGUAUACUAAUAGGGAUAGCAAACGCGAUAGACCUAGCUGAUCGGUUUCUACCAAAACUUCAAUCACUGAAUUGUAAGCCUAUCCUUGUAACUUUUCGAGCUUACUCAAAAGAUCAGAUCCUCAAGAUUCUUCAACAACGGCUUAUGGAUCUUCCAUAUGAUGUCUUUCAACCUCAAGCAUUGGAGCUUUGUGCCAGGAAAGUGGCAGCAGCAUCUGGGGAUAUGAGGAAAGCCCUCUGUGUUUGCAGAAGUGCAAUUGAGAUGCUAGAAGCAGAACUAAAAGAUACAAGCACCAAAUUUCUUGAAGAAAAUUCAUCACUUAAGCAAUCAAUUACUCCCACAGAAAAGUUGUUGAAGGAGCAGGAGAUUAGUAUAGUUAAGGUUGAUCACAUGGCCGUGGCUUUGUCUAGGACAUUCAAGUCAGGAACGGUGGACACUAUACAGUCUCUUCCACAACAUCAACAGAUGAUACUUUGCUCUGUUGUGAAACUCUUUCGUGGAGGAAAGAAGGACACAACUGUAGGAGAGAUGAAUAGAUAUUACACAGACAUAUGCAAGUCAGCGCUGGUUCCCCCAACUGGCUCCUCAGAUUUUACGGACAUGUGUAAAGUGCUUUGUGAUCAGGGUCUUAUUAAGCUUGGCCAAUCACGAGAAGAUAAAUUAAAGAGAGUAACACUAAAAGUUGAUGAAGCAGACAUUACCUUUGCCUUGCAGGGAAUUCGGUUCUUUCGGAAUUGCCUUCAGUGAUCCAAGUCUCGACUGCUUGAGAACUCGGUUUCUUGUCGCUGAAGUGUGUUUAUGCGGUGGUGUGGCUGGUUUCUUCAAUUCAUUUUUCAGCUUUUCAGUGUUUUGAAGUAUCUAACGAUCCAAAGUCUUACUUUGCGAUCACGGACAUACCAGAAUCCAAAAGCAAGUCUGACUCGGUAGUAUCAGAAUAUUGUACAACGUACCUACAAGACACCGAUGUACACUUGAAGAAAAGAUCAAGUGACCGUGUUAAUACCAAAUCAAAGGCUAAUUCUAGAAUACAAACCCUUAACCCGGUGCAUACGCACCCAAAAGUAACUAUAAUAAAAAAUGUAUACCAUGAGAUUGUCGAAAAGAAGAUGUAUACCGUGUGGCCCGUGAUGGUCCACUAUAAUCUCAUCAAAUAAAUCAAUGACAUUAUUUAAUUAGACUGAUUGGUCUUUA